AAUAUAAUUAAAAUCGAAAUUACAAACAGUCUUUAAAGGCAACAACUCAGCAAUGACCAGCUUAAGAAUUAGUUGCAUUUUGUUUGCAGUAAUCUUAACACAAAGUGUCCUCUGCAAACCAGUCCACAGCUCCGAUGAGAUUGAUCGGGCCUUAAAAGUGGUGAAUACAGAUCCAAGUGCCUCGGAAAAGCUGCUGGUACUUGUCAUAGACAAUUUGAUGACCAUACCCAAACAAUAUGCCGCUAACGCCGUCACUACCACUCAGCAUUUGCUCAAAGACAAGGCUGUCGAGAACAAUAAUGAAUCUGAUAUUCAAGAAUUCAAAAAUAAACUGAAUAUGGUAUUGCAUGUUUAUGAUGCCUCAGCUUCCAAAAUGAAAUCAUUUUAUCAGACCAUGGAUAGUUUUGCAAAUGUUUGCGAAUAUUAUUACCAAUUGCCCGAGGAUAAAUUAACAGCAGAUACGAAAUUAAUUGUUGGACUUUUAGACAAAUACAAUUGUAAAAAUGUCGCCAUAAAACUGGCCGAUCAUUUGGAUACAUUCUUUGUCAUGUUUAACAAAAUGUUUGAAGAUAACAAAUUUGAUUUGGAACAACCCAUAUUGGAAUGGUAUGAGAAAUUCGUAAAAUUAACUGAUUUGCAUCAGAAAAUGCAAUCGAUAAUUGUGUUUAUAGAUCUGGCUUAAUUAUAAAUAAAGUGUAAUUUGUAAAAAUUAGUUUUCUUUGUAAAAUUUACACAGUUUAUGGAAAAUAUAAAGCUUCAUUUUAUACUUAUUAGCAACACGAA